AUGACUUCAGUCUCCACUCUACCUGCAGCCGCUUUGCAAGCAUCCCAGGCCGCGCUGUCCGCAGCCAUGUCCGAGAAUCACGUCAAGGAAAACGGCAAAACGAAUGGCGAAGACUCCAUGGAGCCCGGCGAGAUUCAGGAGAUAGACAUGCAGGCCCAGGCGGAGAACAUACGCACUGUCUUCAACGACCCAAAGAACUUUAAUGUGAAGGUACGCCUGCCACUUUUCCUUUCAGCCGUGCCGCAAGCGCACGUUGUCGCUGCGACCGGCAUGCUGACUGAGCUCCCCCAUCAGCACCCACUCUACUCUCCCUGGACGCUCUGGUUCGAUUCGCCUGCGACAAAAGGCCGGAAUAUGCCCCAAACACCCAUGUCAUCAUUCCCCCAAACGCCCCUUCCGCAGACACCAGGUGCCGCCGCAGCGCAAGGGUGGAUGGAAGACAUCAAGCGCGUCAUCAGCUUCGACAGCGUGGAGGAGUUCUGGGGGUUAUACAACAACAUUGUUCCGCCAUCACAGUUGCCCCAAAAAGCGAAUUAUUACCUGUUCAAGGAGGGAAUUAUACCAGCAUGGGAGGACGAAGCGAACAAAAACGGGGGCAAGUGGAGUAUACAGCUUCCCAAAGACAAAAAUCGGAACAACGUGGACAAGAUGUGGCUCUACACGAUGCUGGCCGCCAUCGGAGAGACUUUUGAUCCUCUCUUGACGAGUGGCGAGUCGUCCGAAGCAUCUCCGCAAUCGCUGAUUACGGGGGUGAUCGUCUCAACACGGCCGCAAUUCUACCGAUUAUCAAUUUGGACUCGUAUGGCGCCGACGGGAUCAGGUGGGGAGGACGACAAGUUGCGGGAUCGGAUCGAGGGCGUCGGGCGCCAUUUCAAGCUGAAUGUGCUUGGGUACACCGACUCGCAGAAGUUGGCGGGACCGCUUGCGACGGAGGUCGAGUUCCUGUCGCACAAGGACUCGGAGAAGAAGGGCAAGCAGGCAAAAAAGAUUGUUGUGUAG